UUUCAGUCCCGGCAGACAUUGUCAGAGUCCCAAGAGAUUCCUCCGACGAGUAACCAUGCCGACGGAAUUGGGCCACCCGAAUCUGAGUCCGACUGUUCCACCCAAGCUCGCGCAUCUGGCCGAACCCCCCAGGUUUUCACCCAUUUCGAAAGGUCCGAAUAUAGGGAUAGGCGAUGCUUCACCGGCACCACGUUGGUUAAUAAGGCCAGCCCCUCCAGCAUUAGAACCAGGAGAGCUGGACGGCGGUCCUGAAGAGAAAAGACCUAAGCUUCCGCCGCUAGGGAUACUGCGCUGGGUAUUUGACGCUGGUGCAGCUAUCGAGCGCGAGCUGGAUGAGUCCGUUUUGUACGAGUAUGCGUACAAGUACCUUCAAAAUGCGAUCUGUGAUCCAGUGGUACGAGAUCAGAUGCGGGAAAGUAUUCUGAGUGGGCCACAUGCGGAACACGUCGCCUAUGUGGAAGACCCUCUGCCCAUACUCCCUCCUCCUCCGAAGUUUAAACAAGUCAAAAACCUCGAAUAUCUGGACAUUGGAGCUCCUGAGUCAUUCGCCGCUCCGGUAAACUACCUUUAUAUGUACCCUAGCUAUGAGCGUCCCUCACUCGCAGCUCGAGCAUGCGGCCGUCAAGUGCAUAUGAUCGAGAAAGUAGAUAGCAGCAGCAGUAGCGAGUACAGCCCCAUCAGUGCAACUAGUUCCAAGACACCUUUCGGAAAUUCAAGCAGCCGGGAGGAAGCUGACGAGGAUGGCCAAUAUAUCCGCCCUGAGGAAACACCGAAACCGCAAUUUCCGUUGGAAAAGCCAACGAUCUCGAAGCCACCAAAGAGAGGGAAAGUAUGGCGUGGCAGACGGCUUGAUGAAGUCUACAGCACCCUCCCAACCACCACCUUUAACGACGGGAACGUGAAUGUGCUUCUUAAACCAGAGUUGCGUGACAUUGUGUACAUUCACGCGGGGGGGAAUGAAAGGCAUUCACCACAAAAGGAGCGACGUGGGCAGAGACAAGAUCGCACGAUAGAGGAGUGGAAGCCGUCUUACGAUGUCUCAUCGUCUAGCGAAGACGAGGAAUUACUACCAAGCCCAACUAGUCCACCGCCUCGUGUGAAGAGACAAGCCAAAAAGGCUCAACCCAAAAAGGCUCAACCCAAAAAGGCUCAACCCAAAAAGGCUCAACCCAAAAACAAGGCUAAGAAGGUGCAGAAGAAGGUUCAGAAGAAGGUUCAGAAGAAGAGGGGAAAGAAGAAGGAGAAGAGUUGUAAAUAGUUGUACCUUUUUUCCGCUAUGAAAUUUGUUCCGUUAUAAUUCCCCCCCCCCUGGGUGGUUUGGUGGUUUGAUCAUUAUGUCUGCCUUGAGACAUUUCACCGCCAUAUGUAUAGCCACGAGGUAAAUAUCCCUCGCGUGGUCAGGAUCAUAACCUGGAACUCGGAGAAUCGCGUGCAGAAUGGAUGCAGAAAGAGAUGCCGGAGGGAGGAGGUACCUAGGUAGUACUCUGGACUGCAACCACCCGAUACUUCCCCGAUCUGCAAAUAUAAGCUUGGGGUACCGGAGACUGGAGAGAAGAUGAGAUCAAUCCCCACAAAUCACUUAUGAGACAUUAAAUUAGCGCAAGUAAUAU